CGGCUUACUUGCGGCCGACACUCAUCGCGACCGGUAUCAUGUUGUCUCCGACUGCAGGGUCUCGUCGGAGCAUACGGACGAUAAAUCGAAUACUCACCUGUAGCUUGUUGCGAAGUUCGUCUAUACGUCGAUACAUCUGGAAACAACGCCAAUAGACGAUCGAACCAAACCUCGACCGAAAUCAAUCUCACUCCGAUCAACGCAACCACAUUGCGCCUUUGACCUCAAAUCCUCUACGAAUCGCGCGCAAACGUCCAGCAUGACGUCCUUAUUCCCACACCCUCGCUACGCCGAAGACCAGCCGUAUGCGCGCAGCAUCCUAUACCUGCAUGUCAUGCGCGCCUCGGCCAUGUCAUUUUCCUUCUUUUCCCUCCUCCAGUUCCCAGUUUCCAUCAUCGCAGCACGAUCCCGCAAAUCCCCGAUCGAUUACGAUGCAAUCCUAUCUCGCACACUCAGAGCGGCCGGUCGCGGCCUCGUUCUAGGCGCAGCAGCUGGCAUGGUCAUGACAUGGGGCCGCAUGAGAGGCCGAGAGGAAAUAGAGUGGAAAGACAGGUCAUGGAGGAUACUGGAGAAUCACGGCGAAGUGAAAACAGAUUGGGUCACACUUGGCGCGGCUGGGACCGGUGCUGUUGGGGCUCUGAUCGCUGCACGGAGCGGCCGGGUGCCGAUAACUGUUGGGAAUGCCAUGCUAGGAGGAGCUGGUGUUGGUAUGGGCACUGGAGUGCCGUACAUGAUCGCGUCAUUCGCAUCGGGAAGGAAGCCUGCUUAAUGACGGGAGAUGCGAAACUGGACCAUGCCUCUGGUAUAGAGUUGACCCACGACGAGGUCUUGGUAACGCCGAAGGCCAUA